UUGAGAAUGAUUUCCUGGCAAGCUCGAAGCAGCCAUCCUUUUUCUCUUGCAAGGUAGGCGUCCCUUUCCACGCAAGAUAAGAAGCUAUUUCUCCUGUCAGAAUGUCUUCCUUAUUUCCUGAUGCACACCCUGAAUUGAUUUGAUCAAUAUCAGGCAGCCCUGCUUGCCUCUUCUCCCAAGGUUCUUUUGUGCUUUUUUCCAUGCUACUGAUUUAUUGCUUGCCUGCGCUGUCUAGAACCUCGGGUCUCUCAUUCCAACCGUCCUUUGCCUACUGUCCAACCACUUUGGCCUUACAGCUAGCCUACUGCACCCAUCCCAUCUCAACAUGUUCAGUAGCAGCACCAGAAGACCACGUCCCACGGACAACAGCUUCUCAUCAAGGUAUGGAACCAAGAAAUCUACAAAGCAGAAAUCCUCCUUCCGGGAGCAGUCCAUCACCAGGGGCUCAGAGAGACUCGAUUCUGUGAGAUCCCCAAGGAAAGAACAACAGCCAGUGGGCAGCACUCUCACUUCUGCUAUCAUUACCCUCUGCGUCGGUCCAGGACAGCGGCUCUUCGCCGGCCAUGAAGAGGUUCUCUCUCGUUCGCCCUUCUUCGAGGCUCUGUGCAGGGACCAAUUCCUCGAGAAUCACUCGAGACGAAUCAACCUGCCAGACGAACAGCCGGAGAUCCUGUCUGCUGUUCUAGAAUACCUCUACAAGGGUGACUACCAUCCGAAGUUGGCUCAUAAUAAAAGAAAGGAUACAUGGGAGCUGGAAGACGAUGCGAAUGGUGCAAACACUAUCAUAUAUCAUCAUGCAACAAAGCAGACAUUGAUGAAGGACACUGUCAUAUACUGCUCAGCCGAUGUGUAUGGCCUUGAGGAGCUGAAACGUCUUGCUCUACGUAAGCAGGGCUUACGAUCAGGGAUGCAGAUUUCUACUAUCCUGGCAUCGGCACGAUACGCAUACAACCACACCCCAGACUCUGACUCGAAGCUUCGAGCUCAGUACCUUACUCUGAUCAUCCGAAGCCGCAACAACUUCAAGAAGAGCGGCACAAUGAAGGUUGAGAUGGAGCAAGGUGGACUCUUGUUCUUCGACCUCUUUGUUGCCAUGUGUAACCAUAUGGAUGAUCUCAAAACCAUCCGCUCCCCAUUCACGUCACCAUUUACUCGCUAGGUCGAGCAUACUGUACUGUCCAACCUACCAAAUUGCCAGGCAUCUAUCAUGCCCUCCAGAUUGACUCUUACGGAACGGUGCUCUUGGGAUAUUUGUUUGAUUAUUGAAGGUACCUCAAAAUGCCUGCUUUUGCUACCACUACCAGAAUGUACGACUAGAUACCUCGCUCUGAUAGCGGGAAGGAGAACGUUCGGGGAUUCCACUUCUCAUCAGCCUGACAUGGCUAUCUGCUAU